AUGGCAUCCUCCGUUUUCAAGAUCGCAACAUUGAAACGACCACUCAAGAUGUCCAACCCCGACUACACUCUGUACUCCUACUUCCGUUCCUCCUGCUCAGCUCGCCUGCGGAUUGCACUCAACCUGAAAUCCAUCCCCUAUGACACGGUUCCAAUCAACCUGCUCAAAGAUGAACACCUCUCCUCAGACCACCGGGCCUUGAACCCCUCCGCCACUGUCCCCCUCCUCGUCAAUCGCUCCGACGAUGACUUCAAAGUCACUCAAUCGGUCGCCGCGCUCGAGUAUCUCGAAGAGGCGCAUCCCGACAGCAACCCCCUCCUCCCCAAAGACCCCAAGACACGCGCGGCGGUCCGGAGCCUGGUCAACAUCAUCUGCUGUGACACACAGCCAGUGACCAACAUGCGCAUCAUGCGAAGAGUCAGGGCAUUGGGAGGAAACGCCGAGCAGUGGAACUGCGAGCUCAUGACGGACGGGCUGGCCGCGUACGAGGCCGUUGCGAAGCAGUGGGCGGGGAAGUGUUCUGUUGGGGACGAGAUGACGAUGGCUGACGCGUGCCUGCUCCCCGCAUACUGGAAUGCUGAGAGAUUUGGUGUUGAUUUGAGUAAAUACCCGACGAUUGGCAAGGUGGUUGAGCAUUUGAAGGAUCAUCCGGCGGUCGUGAAGGCGCAUUAUUUCAAUCAGCCUGAUACUCCUGCUGAGCUACGGAUCAAAUAG